CUUCACUUCCAUUGUAGUUUUCGGUUCUUUUCAAUUUCCCAAAAUAUCUAUUUCUAAACAACCUUUACAAUUCCACAAGUUCGUAUACAAUUAAUCAACUUCUAAUACCCACAUAAAAUUGUAUUUAUACGAGCAUAAAAAUGAACAAACUGGAGGAUAUUUUGGGUAAAAAGAAAACCGUUGUUCCAGUUUUGGAUCUAAGCAAAAAUAUCAUUCAAUCUAAAGAAGAAAUAAAACGCUUAAUGGAAAAAGUGCCCGACUAUAAAAUGCGACCUAUUAAAGUUCGUUCGGAAGAAAUAAAAAUCAAAGAUAAGGACUUCUCAUUCAAGACCCCGAGGAAAGAAGUGCGAAAAUUACUAAAGCACAAUGGAGAACGCGAACCCAUCUAUACAUAUAUAAAUCCAACCCCAAGUGAAAUGCGCGACGUUGUACUAAUGGAACUUUGUGCUGUUCCCAUUGAUUGGAAAAUGCUGACCACACUGCGGCCAAAAUCCAAACUCGAGGAGGAGUACUUCAGUCGUUUGGUUGAAAUGGGGAAGCUUCAGCUUAAAACGGAAGCACGUGACAAGAGAGAAUUCACCCUUAACAAUGGCAUCAAAAAAAUAAAAAACAAGUCCGGGGUCAUCGAGACUAGACUGCUGACAUGCACUGAAUGUGGCGAGGAGCUCUGCUAUGGGCGCACAUGCAUGGAUUUCAAUUAUGAUUUGUUUGUGAGAGUUGAGCUGAAACCACCGAAACCAAAACCGCCACCAAACAAUUCCGUCAAUAAGGGAAAGAGUAUCCUGAGAAAUAGCAGGAAGAAAUCUGCUGCAGCUGCGGCGGCAAGUUCUGGCAAACAAAAAAACCGCAAACAUAGUCCGAGUAAAAAGGGCACAACCGACCCAUCAUCAUAGAAGUGUAGCAACUGUAGCAAGUACAAGAAGAAGUGAAGUGGAUGCCGCACGGCCGGCCGGCACAGCGGAUGAGAUGGAAUUAUAUAGAACGCUCGGUUUUCCUGCUACCCCUUUUUCCACUGGUACCCUUUACCAUGAACGUAGUAUGCUGCAGUUUGCUUAUGCACACUGAAAAUGAAAUAAAACUCAGAUUAAUUACAUUUUGUGAAAAAUAAAAGAUAUCUAAUCC